UGUACUGUUCGUAUGUUUGUAUGGUUUGUACUGAUUGUAAGUCCGGUUUGUAUACUUCGUAAUUUUCCAUAAUACCAAAACUACUUCUGCCAUUAAUUAAAUAGUCAUUCUCAUUUUCUAACCAUAAGAUUGAUGUGUCCAGAUCUAAGGGCUGUGAGCGUCUUAGUCAAAUGACUAAGCACCCCUUAGUCACCAGAUCCGCACUCGGAUAUGAUAAGCUACAUUGGGCCUUGGGGGCCAUAAACUUUGAUCCAGAGACAUUAAAACGAAAAAAGAAAGGAAAAGGAAAUUUCGAUCUCUUCGUAGUUCGUUCUCAAGUUUACCGCCGCAUCCUUUUAGUUCCUCCUCUCCCGCCUUCGUUAGGUUGGUUACAUACUUGCAUUACAUCCGUAUGUCGAGCUACGGCCAUGGCGACCGGGAACUGCACCACGGUUUGCCAUUCGCUGCUAAUCCCACGAAACGUCGUCGAAUAAGUCCAGACGGAAACCCUCCACCCCCUCUGAUCAGCAAACUCGGGGACGAUCUCCUCGUCGAAAUUCUCAUUCGCGGCCUCCUAAACCCUAGAUUCGCCUGCCGAAGCAAACUCGUUUGCAAGCAGUGGAGCUCCCUGAUCUCCAGUCCCUGCUUCAACCGCCGUUUCGUUGCUCGCCAUCAGAGCAAGGAAGAAACGCCGCCAUCCAUCUCGAGCUUUCUCCCUGUGCCCGGUGAAGUUAGACGGUCGUUGUGGGUUUUGGAUUCCUUCGAGGACUUGCUGCUAUGCGGGUUUGCUGGGUUCGAUAGAAACACCGAUGGCGAACUUGGUCUAUCAUACCUCAUCUGCAAUCCGUUUACAAAGCAAUGGAUUGCCCUGCCUUUAGCGCCUGAAAAGUCAUUUGAGCAGUGUCCUGAAGUGGUUGCCAGGUUAGUUUGUGAACCCCGUAUCUCUAAAAAUCUUGAUCUAGGCGAUGGCCAAGCAGCAUUUGUUUACUCUGAGUAUCGGUUCCGGGUGGUGUGUAUAUAUACAUUGGGGAUGUCAACGAUGCUAGACGUGUUUUGUUCCGAAUCUGGAGAAUGGACCAAGAAGGCUCUCGUUCUUCAUGGUUAUCAAGAAGAGGUUCGACUGAAGCCAAAGUCCUGCCACGGGAAGCUGUUUUGGGCCUAUGCCGCCCUGUUGCAUGUUGGUAUUGUUGAGUUCAAUCCUUUCCGCUUCGAUAUACCUCCUGUAUUUAUUCGUGAUGAUUCGAUCUUCGAGAGGCCUGCUAAAUCCUGGGGGUUUUCAGUCUCACAUGGUGCUUUGCAUCUAAUUCAACUCGAAACUGAAACUACACCUGGUUGUUCAAGGAAUGCCCUGAUUGUUUGGAGAUUGGAAGAUGACCGGAGAUCUUGGAAGAGACAACAUGAAGUCUUGCUGAAGACAAUGUGGCAUGGUGAUGUGCCCUGCAACAUUGAUUUUGAUCUGCAUCCAGAGAAUCCAGAAACUGCCUUGUUAAUACUUGGUCAUUAUAGUGGUAGGAUCUUCUCCUGCGAUUUGAGGAGCGGAGAGCUAGAGCAACUAAUAACUACGAGAAGAGCUUAUGAGCCUGGUUGGAUGCUGUUCCAGCCUAGGCUUUCUUGCUGGCCUACUCCAAUUCCAAGUUACAAGGAAUUGCGAGGUUUAUAUGAUGGAAGCUACAGCUGUUGGGUUCAACAGAGCAGCAAUGAAGCUAAAACUCCCUCAGCAACAGAGGAUGGUUUAGUUGCUGCACCUACACAACGAUACCAAUCAGUUGAUGGGAUUGAACAAUCUGGUCAUCAGAGGAAAGACAACAUAUCUCAGCUAGUAAUAGAUGGACUUGGACUUCAACAGGCUCGCCAAGAGGUUCAGGAACUACAGUCCCGCCUGGAGAAUGUAAACAGGGCCAUUGUUCAGCUGCAAGCGUCUACAGUUUCGGCAUCGACAAACAAGGAUCUGAAGCUGUUGCAUAAAAAGAAACGCAGAGUUUGUUCAGAUUUGCUAACGGCCACAGCAGACUGCGAGAUGAUAUCUCGUCUCCAUCAAAAUCUUCCCUUGGAUCCUAUGCACAUUUCGAUUCCUGGUGUUGGUGAGCUAAUCGUGCCACUUUGAAGAUCAUGAUGAAUGGUGAUUGUUAGGGCUCUCUGCAAUUAUCAUUAUGUCAGCCUUUUUUUUUUUUUUUUUUUUUUUUUUAUAUAUCUCCAAUAGAUAGAAUGAUCUCAAUUUGUUGUUAGUCAGCUGGUUCUUGAAUUUUUUCCCCCCCAUAAUUUAUUAGCCUAGUUUUUGAAUUUUUAUGAGUAAGAAAGUAGUUUGUCUUUGAAUGUUCGCCCGUUUAGACACCCUUUCUUGGCAACUUCGUUUGCAUAUGUAAUUUCCAGCUGCAGGUGCUCAUUUCCUUUGAGGUCGGAGCUAGGUUGAAGCUAGGAGGAGCUAGUCGAUAAGGCUCUAAUCUCUCUCCCCUAAUUAUCACAAUUCAAGUCAGCACUCUCUCAAAUUUUUUGUUCCGACACUACAUGAAAAUAAAUAUCGGUGAACCGGACAAUCCUUCAAAUAUCGGAAGAACAAAUUAUGACUAGAUAUGUGCAAGUUGUGGAGUUAGUUAGUUUUUCAGCUAUUUCGAUUUGUCAUAUUGGCUUAGAAGCAAAGUUGUCUUAUCUUUUUGAAUCGGUGUGUCACUGAAUCUCAAAUGAUUUGAAGUUUAUUGGUCGAAUCGAGCAUGGGCCCAAAUGGCUACGAGUCAAAUGGCCCGUCGUUGGAAUGGAAAGAAGCACAAAUGCAUGGAACGUACACCCACAAUGGCCGAUCAAUUACUCAAGAAAAAGGCAGUCCCGCAAAUUUCGUUUAUUAAUUAGGUGUCGGAAAAGAAGUUGCAAACAAACGGCCGACGAUCUUUUUGCCGUCUUGAAAACUUGCCACAAAAACAUAUAUCUAAACCUUCACGUAAAGUAAGUAAACAACAAUGUCUCGGAGAUCAAAGUUAGCGUAUUAUAUAAAAUCUAAUUUGGUAGCCGCCGUUAGCUGUCCAUCUCUUGCUUCUUCUCUUCUCUCAUACGUUUGGAAAUAUGUAACCUGUCACGAUAAUAAGUAAAAUUUCAACACACACAAAACAACAACAAAAUUAAUGAAGUUAGUCUGUUGAAAUUGACAUCAGAUAAUUGAAUCUAAUUAAGGAUAACAUAUCAG